CACACACACACACACACACACACACACACACACACACACACACACACACACCGGAAUGCCAGCCAUGGCACAUCUACUGGUAUUUACUCUUAGCGUAACACAGUUCGUGAUCUGUAUGGACUUUAAUAUCUACGGUCGAUAUGGAUCAAGUCUUUAUGCCCGGGAGGGUAGAUACAUAAUCCAGUCAAACGGCCGUUUCCACUUUUCCCCGUUCUCUCUCAGCUUGUCUGCAUACUGUAUUUAUCAACAAUCAGCACCUUAGGCUGUUAUCUCACAGCCUGCUGUAGUCUGGGAACGUCUUCACACACACUGAAAAAAAGCCAAAAGUCAAACAGCCAAUAGCUACUCUCCUUACUGAGGAGUUGGCAACACGCACUUCAUCUCAUGGUCAGUGUGACCGUGCCCUGAGGUCACACUGACCAUUAAUGCCUUGGAGCAUCGAUUUCUCACAGAGCAGCACAAAUAUUUGUACACUUUUCAUUGGACUAGCUUUUGUUUUGAGUCACAGUCACUAAACAAACAUGUUUAUCUUAAAAGCGCAUAUAUUUCAAGUUUGUCUCUUGGAAAGCCAGAAUACCUCUGAACCGACUUAAAGUUCCUCGUACUGGGAGUCACUGGAAACUGUUGAACAUGAGGAUCCAAAUCGCGCUUCUGGUCGCUGCUUUUGUGGCUGUAACCAGUGCAGCACCGACAACAAUGCCCAAUACAACUACAACAGCCCAAGCUAUUCAUUCAACCCAGCAUGACGUAAUGGUUUCUGAUGUGCCGAAGCCUGAUGCUGAUGCUGCUGUUGAAAAGCUAGAGCCGAGGGCUCUCGCUGUGGAAGAUGAGGACCUUGAGCAGGACACUGUGGAAGAUGAGGGCGUCGAGCAGGACGCUGUGGAAGAUGAGGGCGUCGAGCAGGACGCUGUGGAAGAUGAGGGCGUCGAGCAGGACGCUGUGGAAGAUGAGGGCGUCGAGCAGGACGCUGUGGAAGAUGAGGGCGUCGAGCAGGACGCUGUGGAAGAUGAGAGCGUCGAGCAGGACGCUGUGGAAGAUGAGAGCACCGAGCAGGACGCCGUGGAAGAUGAGAGCGUCGAGCAGGACGCCAUGGAAGAUGAGAGCGUCGAGCAGGACGCUUCGGACGAUGAGAACCUCGUGCAGGACGCUUCGGACGAUGAGAACCUCGUGCAGGACGCUUUGGACGAUGAGAACCUCGUGCAGUGGGCUUCCGACACUGGGAGCCUCAUGCGGGCCGCUUCGGACAAUGAGAACCUCAUGCAGGACGCUUCGGACACUGAGAGCCUCGUGCGGGCCGCUUCGGACAAUGAGAACCUCAUGCAGGACGCUUCGGACACUGAGAGCCUCGUGCGGGACGCUUCGGACACUGAGAGCCUCGUGCGGGACGCUUCGGACACUGGGAGCCUCGUGGGGGACGCUUCGGACACUGGGAGCCUCGUGCGGGACGCUUCGGACACUGGGAGCCUCGUGCGGGACGCUUCGGUAAAUGAGAGCCUCGUGCGGAACGCUUCGGACACUGCGAGCCACGUUCGGGACGCUUCCAACACUGAGAGCCUAGUGCGGGACACUUCGGACACUGCGAGCCUCGUGCGGGACGCUUCCAACACUGAGAGCCUAGUGCGGGAAGCUUCCAACACUGCGAGCCUCGUGCGGGACGCUUCGGACACUGCGAGCCAAGUGCGGGACGCUUCGGACACUGCGAGCCUAGUGCGGGACGCUUCGGACACUGCCAGCCAUGUGCGGGACGCUUCGGACACUGCGAGCCUAGUGCGGGACGCUUCGGACACUGCAAGCCUUGUGCGGGACGCUUCGGUAAAUGAGAGCCUCGUGCGGGAUUCUUUGGAUAAUUAGAGGCCUAUGUAGGACGCCUUCUAAAAUGAUUAUUAUCCAUGUAAGCCAUAUAACAGAAGACAUACUGACAUUUUCGCUGAUAAAAAUAAGCAAAAUUUCCCACAACAUCCUUCCUGUAUUCCACAAUCAUGCACAACUUUCCCCUGUACUCCUUGAAGAAUAUUUCUUUAAUCAAAGCAGCGUCUGUAGA